UAGGCCUACUACUUCACAAUUACCACGGAUACAAACGGAAUGAUCCCAACUUCACUACACGAGUCGCAAGCUGACCAAAGAAACAGAUUAUUUCGUGUUUGAAGUUAUUGGGACUUUUGAGCUAGGCUGCUUUACAAAAAACAAACAAUGGCCGGAUGGAAAGAAGCAUUCUUGUUCAUCGUUGUUGUCGCCAUUUCAGUACAAGGGUAUUACAUAUGGAGCAUCUUCCCAAAAUUAAGACGCGGGAUCUACUUUCACGACAAACGGGAUGUAUCAAAAACUCGAAUCAUGGCGAACAACAUUAGCACUAACGUUAUAGGGCAUACCAACCUUAACCACACUGACAAAGGCAUGCCAGUUGUUCUUCACGGCAGCAGGGUGUUUAGUGCAGACAAGUUUAGAACGAAUAAAGUCGAAACUUUACCGUCCAAAGCGUCACGAGAGGGCCAGUGUCAUUACAAGGUGCAGAUUUACGACAAGAAAGGGAAUGCUAGAAAAGCGCCUGUUCUCCAGAAUAUAGUUCAACAGUUAUCGGGUGAUCCAGUCAAGAGUAGCUACGUGAUGGAGUGCGACAACAAAUGCAAAAUGGAGUUAACUAUUGCCGAUGACUCCAACAAAUUUACCGGUAUGGACGCAGUUGUCUUUCACUUCGUCAAGUCGCUCAUCCCGAGGCCCCAGCCACCGGUAAGCAUGAACCCCAACCAAACAUGGGUCUAUUUCUCAUGGGAGUCGCCGCGUUCAAAUGCCGGCGAGGCUGUCGGCACGGCACGGCUCCCCGUCCAGGCAACUUGGACGUACCAUCGGGGCUCUGAGAUCGUCACACCGUAUGGGUCAUACAGACGAGGAGUGCCCAUGGCUAACCAGACGAAAUCACCUGAAGAAUGGGUUAAAGGGAAGAAGAGAUUGGUCGCGUGGAUGGCUAGCAACUGUGCAGGCACUUUCUGGCCAAGGACCGCCUUCGUGAAAGAGCUUCAAAAAUAUAUUCCGGUGGACACAUACGGAGCGUGUGGUACACUGAAAUGCAAACCAAGCUGGUCAACAAAAUGUACGGUGGAUUUGAUGCGCCAAUACAAAUUCUACUUGUCAUUGGAAAAUGCCGAAUGUGGCGAUUACAUCACCGAGAAAUUUUGGAAUAAACCAUUAAUGCAGGGGGUAGUUCCAAUCGUCUAUGGUCCUCCGCGAAAAGUAUAUGAAGAUUUAGCCCCUCCGAACUCCUUCAUUUACAUUGGUGACUAUAAAAAUAUGCAGGAAUUAGCGGAUCACUUGAAACUGUUGGAUUUGAAUCCUAAACUUUAUGCUAAAUAUUUAGAAUGGCAGUAUCAGGGUAGUAUAGAAGUCCCAAAGAAAAUGCACGAGUCCUAUAAACCAAGUUUUUUCUGUAACUUGAUACCAGUCAUAGAGAAAGUGAGACGAGGUGAAUUAAAAAGAGUGCCAGUCAGAAAUAGUGCAUUUGCCCAGGCUUGUAGGAAACCAGAUAAGACUAAAGUGUCCGCGUUCGGCUUGGGAAAAUGGAAUCCAUGGUAAGGUUGUCUUCGUCGACACAAACAACAGGUAUUGAUGACCGAAAACAUAUUUUCGUUAAUUAAUCGUUCAGUUCGCAGCAAAAACAGCUGAAACUUUUUAAGUUAGGUUCACGUAUACAUGUAAAACAAAAAAUAAUAAUAAUAAAUUAAAAACACUAUUUUUUAAAGUUUUUUUUUUUUUUUUUUUUGGGGGGGGUUGUUUUUUCUCAAAUAUAUCACUAUAACGUCUGGAAAGGUUGUUAGCUUUAAAAAUAAGUAUGAAAUUAACAAUGUAGUUGAGGUAUUCUCGUUUUCCCAAUGGACUGCACGCUGCAGUACGCCAUGUCACUCGUGUGUUAUCUGCAUCUGCAUGACAGGGUGUGGCAUCGCGGGGUAAAACACUAUCGGAAAAGUCACUUGUAUCUUGUCUUCCGGUCCAAACCGGAAGUUGAAGGCAACAAAGUAGCUUAAAUAAUACAAGUAAAACCGCCUUUAGCUCGAUAAGACUCUAAGCACGGCAAAGGUCGUUGGUUUGAAUCCCACCGAGUGACACGCUUGUUUGGGUUUUUAUUAUGCGUAUGGAGUAGGCCCCUA